AACCAAGGGCACACAGCAGAGACAACAACAAGAGCCACCAGUCAAAACAAAGAGGGAAGCCAACACUGAAGGAGAAACACUGUUGAUCUUCAGUGGAGAAGCUUUUUUAAUUUUCUUUUGUCUAACUGAGAGCUUGUGCUCUGCAAGUCUUAGUGAAUAUUUUGUAGAAAUCUACAGAAGAUCUCAUCAUGAGAUACUGUGCUUUAGCUGUGUGUUUAAUUCUGGGGAUAAGCAUUCAGGAUGGAUGGAGCCUUCCCCUCAAGUCCGUCUUUGUCACUUUCCCAGGAGACAUCAUCAAAAACAUGACUGAUACGGAGCUGGCAGAAAAUUAUCUGAAGAAGUUUGGCUACAUGGAGACGCAGAAGCGCAGUGGCUUCCAGUCUAUGACAUCGCAAGAAAAGGCAUUGAAAAUGAUGCAGAGACAGAUGGGGCUGGAGGAGACUGGAGACUUGGAUUGGUCCACCAUAGAGGCCAUGAAACGGCCCCGCUGUGGAGUUCCUGAUGUGGCCAACUACCAAACAUUUGACGGAGACCUCAAAUGGGACCAUCAAGAUGUCACUUACAGGAUCCUUAACUAUUCUCCAGAUAUGGAGAGUUCUCUGAUCGAUGACGCCUUCGCCAGAGCCUUCAAGGUGUGGAGUGAUGUGACUCCUCUGACUUUUACCCGCCUCUUUGACGGGACGGCUGACAUCAUGAUUUCAUUUGGAAAAGCCGACCACGGAGACCCAUACCCAUUCGAUGGUAAGGAUGGUCUUUUGGCCCAUGCUUAUCCCCCCGGUGAUGGUGUGCAGGGAGACGCCCACUUUGACGAUGAUGAGUACUGGACUCUGGGAACAGGACCAGCUGUGAAGACUCGCUAUGGGAAUUCAGAUGGUGCCAUGUGCCACUUCCCCUUCACUUUCGAGGGCAAAUCUUACACAACCUGUACCACUGAUGGUCGAUCGGACAACCUGCCAUGGUGCGCCACCACAGCUAACUACGGCAGAGACAAGAAAUACGGCUUCUGCCCAAGUGAACUUCUGUACACAUUUGGAGGAAACGCGAACGGAGCUGAGUGCGUCUUUCCCUUUGUCUUCCUGGGGAAGGAAUAUGACAGCUGUACCACAGAGGGCCGCAGCGAUGGCUACCGCUGGUGUGCCACCACAGACAACUUUGACAGGGACAUAAAAUAUGGAUUCUGUCCCACUCGUGACUCCGCUGUAAUUGGUGGAAACUCUGAGGGCGAGGUCUGCCACUUCCCCUUCGUGUUCCUGGGUAAAGAGUAUGACUCCUGCACUAGUGAGGGACGUGGAGAUGGAAAGUUGUGGUGCGCCACCACUGACAGCUACGAUGAUGACAAGAAAUGGGGCUUUUGUCCUGACCAGGGUUACAGUCUGUUCCUGGUGGCAGCCCAUGAGUUUGGACAUGCCCUUGGCCUGGAUCACUCCAACAUAAGAGAUGCUCUCAUGUACCCCAUGUACAGCUAUGUGGAAAACUUCUCCCUGCAUGAAGACGACAUUGAAGGCAUUCAGUAUCUCUAUGGAAGCAAAACAGGCCCUGAUCCCACCCCACCUCAGCCCGAAUCCCCCACCACUGACUCCUACCCUUAUGAGACUGACGCUACAGAGGGGCCUGACACCACUGACCCCUCCAUCCCUACCACCACAAGACCUGUGGAUCCGAGCCAAGAUCCCUGCAAGUUCACCAAAUUUGACACCAUCACCGUGAUUGAGGGAGAAUUACAUUUCUUCAAGGACGGACAAUACUGGAAGAUGCCCAGCACGAGUGAGGAAGGGCCCAAGGGACCAUUUGCCAUUUCUGGGAGGUGGCCAGCUCUGCCAGCAGUCAUUGACUCUGCCUUUGAGGAACUUUUGACCAAGAAACUGUACUUCUUCUCAGGGACCCGAUUCUGGGUGUACACUGGGCAGAGUGUUCUGGGUCCCCGCAGCAUAGAGAAGCUCGGCCUCCCUAACAACAUUCAGAAGGUGGAGGGAGCGCUGCCGAGGGGGAAAGGCAAAGUGCUGCUCUUCAGUGGGGAGAACUUCUGGAGGCUUGAUGUGAAGGCCCAGAAAAUCGACAGAGGGUACCCCAGAUACACAGAUGCCGUCUUUGGUGGCGUCCCCAAUGAUGCUCAUGAUGUUUUCCAGUACAACGGUCACUUCUACUUCUGCCGGGACCGUUUCUACUGGCGUAUGAACUCCCGCAGGCAGGUGGAUCGUGUUGGCUAUGUGAAAUAUGACCUCCUCAAGUGCUCCGAUUCUUCAAACCUUCGCUACUGAGGAGAUGACACACAGGGAUGAGCUGGAAAUCGUCUGUAAUGUGGUAGCACCUAUUUCUCUCCUCUGUGCAGGUGUCAGGGAGAAUGAGAUGCAGUAUUCGUGUAUAGCAGCUGUUGUAUGACGUGUGUGCUUUCUGGGAUGUGAACAAUUGGCCAUCAUUAAUGUUGGCUAAUUCUAUAACACACAGCAUUGGCCAAAAAAUAAGUUGAAAGGCCCAAAGGAAAGCAAAGGAAAUUGCAAUCUUUGGCACUGCCCUGCCCUCAGCCUAUAAUCUGUGAAGUGAAAAUUGGUUGAAAAUUUAAGACUCAUAAUAACUAAAAUAUUGUCAAAAGCUACCUGGAUCAGAUUCCAGAUUUGCUAAAUAAUUUCUUUAUGUCUGACAGGUUCAGACUCUUUAACAGUAUUUGAUUAUUCUGGUAUUUAUAUCAAUAUCUAAUAUUAUUUUUGUGUCCUAAGGCUUGUUUGUUUUGUAUAAUUCUAUAUGUAUUUCUGAAAAUGGCUUCAAAGCCAAUUACUUGCACUGGAAGACAAUGCAUGUCUCCUUCACUGAAAUUAUUUAUAAGACUGAUGUGUUUUGUAUUAAAGUUUUAACUUUCAAUGCAAUAAAGAAAAUUCAAGAGAACUAUA